AUGAGUUUACCUUCUUUUUAUCAAUCAUUGGAUACUGCAUUUACCAAAUCCUCUUACUUGCUACUUAUGAUUGGAUCAAUUUGUUCAGCUGUGUUUAAGAAGGAAAACCAAUAUUUCUUUUUUGAUUCACAUUCACAUGGUCUAACUGGGUUGUCCUCAGAAAAUGGAACAUCAAUACUUAUUUCGUUUCAUCAGUUAAAAGAUCUUGUUACAUACAUGUAUGCCUUGUAUGACAGUAUGUUGAUCGACAUAACAGAGCAAUUUGACUUAUUGCCUGUACAUUUUGCCAAUGUUUAUUGUGAACCAACAAUGUGUUUAAGUGAACAGAAUGUUGAAUCAGUCAAUGGCACUCCUGGCUUAAAUGAAUGGGAAACUGUGACAAAUAAGAGGAAAAAGAAGUCUCCUAGUCAUCAUAGUACUGCUUGUGAAAAAGAAACAGCUCCACAAAAAUCAAACUGUGAUUCUUGUGAAACACUCAUAGGCAAGUACUUCAAAGAUCAAAUGCAAAGAAGUAAAGUAAAGCAAACAAAAAAGCAAAAUUUGCCUUCGAGAACAAUUUACAUGAGAACUUACAUGCAGGAGAAAAGACAAAGUGAUGAAUUUAAAAAUAAGGAUAAAGAGUACACUCGUAAAUCAAUGCGCAAUGCCAGACAGUCUGAAGAAUAUCAGAAGAAAGAUAGACAGCGCUCGCUUCAUUCAAAGCACAAUGCUAGACAGUCUGAAGAAUAUCAGAAGAAAGAUAGACAGCGCACGCUCAAAUCAAUGCACAAUAGCAGGCAGUCUGAAGAAUAUCAGAAGAAAGAUAGACAGCGCUCGCUCCAAUCAAAACGCAAUGCCAGACAGUCUGAAGAAUAUCAGAAGAAAGAUAGACAGUGCUCGCUUCAAUCAAAGCGCAAUGCCAGACAGUCUGAAGAAUAUCAGAAGAAAGAUAGACAGCGCUCGCUUCAAUCAAAGCGCAAUGCCAGACAGUCUGAAGAAUUCAGAGAGAAAGAGAAAGAAAAUGAGAAGAUGUCGAAAAGAAGGGCGAGAUUAGUAAAAGAAUUUAAGCUUUGGGAAGCAAAACAAAGAAGAGAAAAACGAACAAGUGAUGGCAUUAAACAAAGAGAACUUGAAAUACAAAAUAAGUCAAAGAGAAAAUCAAGAUCAAAUCCAUAUAAUUUGGAAAGAGAAAGAAUUGCAAAACAGCAAUGGAGAUUAGAUGCAAGGUGUAAAGAUGCUGAAAAGGUUAUGGAUAGUAAAAGGAAAGUUUCAAAGAGAAAAGAUCCUUCAUUCUGUGAAGCUGAAUGCUUGCAGAAAAAGAGAAGACGGUGCGGACAAGAUAUUGACACUUGUAUUGAUCGUUUUCAAGAAAGAAUAUCACUUGGGCCUGUAUAUAUAUGCAGUUGUUGUCAUCAAACAUGGUUCAAACACAGUGUAACAGAAGUGAAAUAUUUAAUUUGCAAAGAGAAAGAAAGAUAUGUAACAGGGGUGAUAUCAGUCGAUAACAAGGAAUGGUUUUGUAGAACAUGUAAAUCUAGCAUAAACAGUGGUAAAGUACCGAAAUUGUCUGUUUUAAAUGGGAUGAAGUGGCCAGUUAAGCCAAAGGAGUUGGAACUUUUCGCAUUAGAAGAGCGUUUAAUUGCUUUACGUAUACCAUUUAUGCAAUUAAGAGAACUCCCAAGAGGUCGUCAGUUGUCAAUUAAAGGAAAUGUUGUAAAUGUACCUGUUGAUAUUCAACCUGUUGUAAAUGCAUUACCAAGACCUUUUGAUGAAAAUGUUACGGUGCCAGUAAAAUUGAAGAAAAAAAUGUCUUUCAAGUCAUGUGCUUUCUCUGAAAAUGUUAGACCCCACAAAGUACUUGUUGCUUUACAUUGGUUAAUGAAAAACAGUGAUCUUUAUAAAAAUGCUAAUGUUGAAAUUGAUGAGAAUUGGAUCGAAAGCGUAACAGCAAACACUAAUGAAAUAUUGAAUGAAUUCUUGGAGUCUCCCGUGAAAAAAUUAAAGAAUACCAGUUAUGAAGACUUUGACUCUUGUAUGGCUGACCUUCUGGAGUAUACUUAUGACCAAGAUUACAGCACUUUAUUGCGAUCCUGUUUUCAAACAUUAAUAAAGCAUGCAUCAAAUUUUGACGUUGAGGACUUUGAAAAUGUUUCUGCUGAAAUUCAUGACCAUUGUACAUGUGAAGAAAAAUCAAGACAUCAAACUUUAGACAUUACAGAUAACAGUGAAGAGCUGUAUGAUUCAGAUGCAGAAGAAGUCGCACAGGAAAAUGUUGGAAAUAUUGACACUUUACUAGACGAUGCCAACCUUGAAAAUCGAAACAUGACAUUUACGUUCGCACCAGGGGAAGGUCAACGACCACUUAGCAUAUUUCAAGAUACAGAUUCAGAAUAUCUUUGUUUUCCUAGCAUAUUUUGUGGUAAAAGGCGUCUUAAAAAUGAAGCAAGAAUUGUGCCAGUAAAUUAUAGUGACAUUGCAAAAUGGGAGUUGAGAAGCCAAGACAGAAGGGCUGCUAAUUGUCUGCCAAAUAUUUUCUUUAAACUGAAAAAGAUACAAAUGAAGCAGCUGAAUGAUAAAGCCAAUCUUGCUGUUAGAAGAUGUCGAACAGGUACAAGUAACAUAACUGCAGCUCAAGUAAUGAACUCUGAGUACAUUGAUAAUAUUGUCAGAAAUGAUGAAGGUUACUAUUUAUUUAAACAACUUCGAAACUCACCUUCUUAUUUGGAGUCUCGAAAGAAAGAUGUAUAUGCAAUGCUAAGACAGUUAGGUAUGCCAACAUGGUUCAUGUCAUUGUCUUCUGCCGACACUAGAUGGACUGAUCUUUUGAAAAUGUUAGCUACUUUAAAUUAUAAGGUCAACUAUUCUGAUGAGCAAAUUGAAGGACUUUCAUGGGAACAAAAGAUUAAACUUAUUCAGUCAGAUCCAGUCACUUGCUCUAGAUAUUUUGACCACAGAGUACAAGAGUUUAUUAAUACAGUUCUUAAGAGUGAGCACAAACCACUUGGAGAAAUUGCUGAUUAUUUUUACAGAGUUGAAUUUCAGCAGCGUGGGUCUCCACACAUUCACAUGAUUGUAUGGGUAAAGAAUGCACCAAAAUACAAAGUGGAUUCCAUUAAUGACUUGACCACAUAUGUGGAUCAGUAUUUGACAUGUUCUGUCAGUAAUCCAGCUGUUGGUUCACUUGUAGAAAUUCAAACUCACAAACAUUCUAGAACUUGUAGAAAAAGAGAAGACAGACUUUGUCGCUUUGGUUAUCCACUACCACCAAUUCCAAAGACUAUGAUUUUGGAACCUCUUGAAACUGACAGAGACAAGUACCAUAAAUUAUAUCAGCAAUUACAGAAAAAAAUGAAUGAUGAAAAAGAUGGAUACAGUAUGUCAUAUGAGAAGUUUUUGACAAAUGUUGUGCAAAUGAGUGAGGAAGAUUACAUCAAAUGUAUCAGAAGUUCAUUGAAUUCACCAAAAGUAUUUUUGAAACGUCAUCCAAGUGAAAUACGUGUGAAUUUAUAUAAUGAACAUGUGUUGAAAGGUUGGAGGGCAAAUGUAGACAUACAGUUUGUGCUAGAUCCUUAUGCCUGUGCAAUGUAUAUAGUGUCAUAUAUUAGUAAGUCUCAAAGAGGUAUGAGUAAUUUGUUACAUGCAGCUGCCAAAGAAGCGAGGAAUGGGAACUUAGAUAUUAAAAGACAAGUGAGACAUAUUGGAAAUGUGUUUUCAAAUAGUGUUGAAGUUAGUGCUCAAGAGGCAGUUUAUUUGGUCCUUCAAAUGCCCUUGACCAAAAGUACAAGAGAUGUCGUGUUUAUUAAUACAUCCACUUCAAAUGAAAGGGUUCAGUUAUUGAAACCUGCCUCUGUACUUGAAAACAUGCCAGCUGAAUCAACAGACAUAAUGUCUGACAAUGUUAUUAAAAGAUACUCAAAACGGCCAAAAGUAUUGCAGCAUUAUUGUUUAGCGGAUUAUGUGUCACAGUUUGAAGUGAUUUAUCCAGAUGGAAAUGGAGACUCUGAUGAAAGAAAUGAUGAUGAAAAUAAUAUGGAAGUAACAGAUGAUGAGAACUUAGAGGAAAUUGAAACAGUUAUAUUUUUAAAAAGUGGAAUCAAAAUCAGACGUCGUCAAAACUCAAAAGUAAUUAGAUAUGUAAGAUUCAGUCGCAAAACAGAUGAAGAAAACCAUUACAGAGAAAAACUUCUAUUAUUUCAUCCGUGGAGAAAUGAAUUAACUGAUUUGCUGCCAGCAAAUUUCAGUACAUACAAAGAACACUAUGAGUCAUUGAAAGAAACAGUUGACCAGAAAUGCUCUUAUUAUGAACACCAUGCAGAAGAAUUAGAAAUUGCUAGAGAUUUGGCAGAAGCAGAGUAUGAUGCAUUUGAUGAAAUAGCUCCUGGAACUCAGCAAGUAGAAGCUGAAACUGCUGAAGAAGAAACAGUAGAGUCAGAAACAUUUAUAUAUUUCAAUCUUGAUAGAGCAGUUGAGCACCGGGAAUAUGAUAUUGGCAUUGAAAUUGGAUGUUCUGUCAGUGCUCCACAGAUACUUUCAAGUGAAAAUCUUCUUUCUGAUGAAGACUAUAGAUCUCUAUUGCAAUCAUUAAACAUAAAGCAGAAACAAUUUUACAAUCAUGUUAUACAUUGGGUGAAAACCAAAGAUGCACCUUUAUAUACUUUUCUCUCGGGUGGUGCAGGUGUUGGCAAAAGUGUAGUUAUUAAAGCAUUAUAUCACACCUUAUAUAGAAUACUUAAUCUGAAAGAAGGCGAGAAUCCUGAUGACAUUAGAGUUCUUUUAUGUGCAUACACUGGAAAAGCUGCAUUUAACAUCAAUGGUUCAACCAUUUCAUCUGCCUUCAAACAAAAAUACAAACAAGCAAAUCAAACAUUAACAUGUGAUGCUUUGAAUACUUUUAGAUCUAAGUAUAAAAACCUGUCAGUUGUGAUCAUUGAUGAAAUAUCAAUGGUAAGCAAUGGAAUGCUAAACUUUAUUAAUCAGAGACUGCAAGAAUUGAAAGGAACAAGAAUACCAUUUGGAGGUGUAAGUGUAAUUGUUGUGGGAGACUUGUUUCAGUUGAAACCUGUGAGUGGUGAUUGGAUAUUUAAUGAUUUAACUCGUGAUGCAGAAGCUCUCUCAAUAAACUGUGGAAAGAACACUUUUCAUUGUAUGAAUUGA